UAUUCGCGCUCGACGGCUUUGUUCUUUUAGUCGGUUAAUAAACCAUUGUAUUGGAAAAAUAUAGCAAUGGCUGCGAACGAUUAUUCACAGUCUUCAGCUGCUCAGAGUUACGGUUCCUAUGGUGCCCAGCCUGGGCAGGGAUACACUCAGCCAUCCCAAGGUGGCUAUGGGCAGCAGAGUUACGGUACCUAUGGUCAGUCUUCUGACAGCUCAUAUGGACAGAGUGGCUAUGGGUCUAGUUCUUAUGGACAAGGCACCCAGUCAGCGGGGUACGGCAGCCAGUCUUCUCAGUCUUAUGGAUCUUCUUAUGGAAGCAGUCAGACCUCUCAGCCAUCAUAUGGGCAGCAAUCGUCAUAUCCUGGCUAUAGCCAGCAGCCAUCAGGCACAUCAUCUUCAGGGUAUGGCAGUGGUUCCCAGACAAGCAGUUAUGGACAACCUCAGAGCAGUUAUGGUCAACCUCAGAGUGGAGGCUAUGGUCAGCAGCCGCCGCAGCAACAACAACAACAACAACAGAGUUAUGGUGGUCAGCAACAGGGCUCGUAUGGCCAACAGUCCAGUUAUCCUCCUCAGCAGGGAUAUGGAUCCCAAGGACAGUAUGGCGGAGGAGGUGGAUCUGGUUAUGGCCAGGAUCAAUCUUCCAUGGGUGGAGGAUAUGGCAGCCAAGAUUCUGGGGGAUACGGAGGACAGCAGGAUCGUAACAGAGGUAGAGGAGGUGGCGGUGGAGGAUUUGGACGUGGUGGUGGAGUAGGUGGUGGCGGAUUUGACAGAGGUGGACGAGGAGGCCGUGGAGGAAGAGGUGGUGGAAUGGGAGGUGGUGAACGUGGUGGCUUCAAUAAAUUUGGUGGGCCACGUGACCAGGGACCACGACAUGAGACACUUGAUCAGGAUAAUUCGGAUAAUAACACCAUUUUUGUUUCGGGACUUGGUGAAAAUGUAACUAUCGAUUCUGUGGCGGAUUACUUCAAGCAGAUAGGCAUAAUUAAGACCAACAAAAAGACUGGCCUUCCCAUGAUAAACCUCUAUACAGAUCGUGAAACUGGGAAAUUAAAAGGAGAAGCUACAGUGUCAUUUGAUGACCCUCCUUCUGCAAAAGCUGCGAUUGAUUGGUUUGAUGGUAAAGACUUUGAAGGCAAGCCCAUCAAGGUAUCCUUUGCUACACGAAGAGCAGAAUUUGGCAGAGGUGGAGGCAGAGGCCGUGGAAGAGGCAGCGGAGGGGGACCUAUGGGCCGUGGUGGUGGCGUUCCUGGUGGUGGCAGAGGUGGAUUUUCCAGUGGAGGUGGUGGACAACAAAGAGCUGGAGACUGGAAAUGCUCAAACCCAUCUUGUGAGAAUAUGAAUUUUUCAUGGAGAAAUGAGUGCAAUCAGUGCAAAGCUCCCAAACCAGAUGGACCAGGAGGAGGAGGAUCACCUCCUAUGGGCGGUGGCUUUGAAGAACGCAGAGGAAGAGGUGGUUUUGACCGUGGUUUCAGAGGAGGACGCGGUGGUGAUAGAGGUGACAGAGGUGGUGGCUUUAGAGGAAGAGGUGGCGACAGAGGUGGAGGAUUUGGACCAGGAAAAAUGGAUUCCAGGGGUGACCACAGGCAAGAUCGUAGGGACAGACCUUAUUAACUGUAAACUUGUAAAAAUGUAUAUAAUUUGUACUAUUUUAUACAGUGUUGUGUAGCAGAUUGUGUGUAAAUGGAUGAUUUAUUUGUACUGCCUUGCACAUUCCCACAAUAAAUUAAGAAAUACACUGGUUUUUA